UCUAACGGUGCGUUUUUCCCAAAAAAAAUAAGGUGUCGUUUUCAAUGAUUUUAUGUGAAAUUAUUAAAUAAAUAAUAUGCAAUUAUAAUGUGUACUUGAUACAAUUGUAAAAUUUCUUAGUUCAAUUACGAAAAUUUUAAAAUAUAUAUUUGAAUAGAUAUAUAAAGACAUAUCUACAUAUAUCUAUCACUGAACUAAGGUGGCAAAGAUAGUGCGAAUUGGAAUCGAGAAUUGUACAAGAUACUCACACUCAUAAAGGAAUAUAUUUGAAGAAGUAUUGGUGUUAGUGUUGUGUUAAAAAUAAAAUGGGAAAACAAAAAAUUUAUUGUGCAAAAUGCGACAAAAAAUGUUCUGGAGAAGUUCUACGUGUGGCAGAUAAACACUUUCACAAGGCAUGUUUUCAGUGCUGCCAGUGUAAGAAAUCACUAGCUACAGGUGGUUUCUUUACAAAGGAUGGUGCUUAUUAUUGCAUUCCUGAUUAUCAGAGGCUAUACGGAACAAAAUGCGCUGCCUGCCAGCAAUAUGUAGAGGGAGAGGUAGUCUCAACUAUGGGGAAGACGUAUCAUCAGAAAUGUUUUACGUGUUCCAAAUGCAGUAAGCCAUUUAAGUCUGGAAGCAAAGUUACUAAUACUGGCAAGGAAGUAUUAUGCGAAAACUGUGUUGCAGGUCCUGCUGCAUCGCCUGUGCAAAAAACUAAUGAUAUAGUACAUAAAGAUGGCACUGCAUCGCCACCACCGUUAGCAGAAAGUCCUACUAGGGCUACAGCACAUCAGCAGAUGAGUAAUGCGAUUUCAGAUAGGGCUCGCAUUAAAGAAGAUUAUGAUCCGAACGAUUGUGCUGGUUGUGGAGAACUUUUGAAAGAAGGUCAGGCAUUGGUCGCCUUAGAUCGUCAAUGGCACGUUUGGUGUUUCCGAUGUAAAUCCUGUAACUCCGUUUUAAAUGGAGAGUAUAUGGGUAAAGAUGGUGUACCUUAUUGUGAGAAAUGUUAUCAAAAAUCAUUUGGUGUAAAAUGUGCUUACUGCAAUCGCUUCAUAAGCGGAAAAGUAUUACAGGCAGGAGAUAAUCAUCACUUCCAUCCAACAUGUGCACGUUGCACAAAGUGUGGUGAUCCAUUUGGUGAUGGUGAAGAAAUGUACCUACAAGGUAGUGCAAUUUGGCAUCCUCGUUGUGGACCUGGUCCAUCGGAAGCUGGUAUAAUUUUAAAUGGUACCGGUGUUACUAGCAACGGUAAUUUUACAGAUACUGAAUGCGAUCGCAUUAGCUCUAGUGCACUUAGUGAAAUGUACAUGCGUUCCAGAACACCGAGUUUUAAUGGUUCACUUUAUUCCUCUAGCCGCAAGCACUAUCGAACUGUAAGUCCUGGUUUGAUAUUGAGGGAAUAUGGUCGGCCUGGAUAUGAAGACAUUUCACGUAUUUAUACGUAUAGUUAUUUGACGGACGCACCUCAUUAUCUUAGGAAGCCAAUUGAUCCAUAUGAUAAAACACCAUUAUCACCACACUUUCAUCGCCCAUCUUCUUAUGCGACUAGUACUGGUGGUUCUGUGUCUGGUAGCAGGCCAUCGUCGCGUCCACAUUCAAGAACGCGCAGUGCUAUGAAAGUGCUAGUUGAUGCAAUACGAUCAGAAACGCCACGUCCUAAAAGUCCAGGUAUGAACAAUGAAGAACCUAUUGAAUUAUCACAUUAUCCAGCAGCGAAAAAACCACCACCGGGUGAAAAACCAAAAAUUGAGCGAGAUGAUUUUCCUGCACCACCAUAUCCCUACACAGAUCCUGAACGAAGGCGACGUUAUAGUGACUCAUAUAAAGGAGUUCCUGUUUCAGAUGAAGACGAAGUCGAUAAUACCAAGAAUGGAGAAGUUCAAUUACGACUACAACGAGAAGCUGAAGAAUUAGAAAAACUCAAUUCUAAUAUCGGAUCAGUGAUAGCCAAAGAUCUUAAAGAACAUGCUAAAUAUAGGAAAUGGAAGCAAAAUAAUUUAGAUCCAAGAAAUGCAUCACGUACACCAUCAGCAUCCAAAGAACCUAUUCAUAAAUUAAGGUACGAAUCACCUAUCGGUGCCUCGCCAUCACGUAAUUUGGAUCAUCAGAAACCCUUCUACGAAGAUGAAGCGUUCGAUCGAUCAACCAGCUAUAGAGGUUCACUUGGUAAAUCGCUUGGCAAUGCGCCUAGUUACAACGCAAUACAUUCCUACCGAUCGCCACCAAAGCCUGGAUAUGGCUUUAAAACAUCAACCUUGCCGCCUUAUAUGCGCUCUGGAUAUAGUUCAGUAAGUUAAAGAUACGAGUGUUCUUUGAAAUAUUUAGCCGAACCAUUUCAACGAUGCUUCAACAGAAUUGUAACAAUAACACAAUUGUGUAAAAUUUAAUUAUAUAUAUUAUAUGUGUACAAAUAUCUCUCAGUAUAGGUGGUCAUAGAUUAAACUUACUCAUAUAUAAGUACUCAAUUAUGUGCGCAGUUGUAUAGAUCAUAAAAGUAAUAUAAUAUUUACCUACAUUUCUAUUUUUACUUUCUGCUGCUUAUUAUUAUUAUUGGGUACUGGAAUUGCUGUUUAUUGCCAUUGGUUGCUGCUAAUGUACUUGCUGUAUGAACACCGACUUACACUAACAUUAAUAUGGGUUCCUGGUGAAUAAUUCAACUUUUUAUAUAAAAUCAUAACGAUCAUUUAUGAACAUGCACGUAUAAAUUCAAUCAUCCAUACAAACCACAAAAUUGUCAUACCUCAUCACACUUCCAACAUCAACGUUCGUUCAUUCAUCUUAUCAUCUUAUAAAUUAUAACUAAAACACUCAACACAAUGUUAAAAAAAUAUGCAAAAAUGUACAAAUUUCGACGUCGUGUCGUUAGUGGUGAGCUCACUGCGUCAUAUAAUUAAACCCGGAUACGGCUUGGCUCCUCGUUCUCAUACCUUUAGUUCAACCUCAUCCGCCGGUGCAAAUGUACAUGGUGGUGCAGUUAUUGUAAGCGCUUUAAAUGUUGUUAAUACUUAUUUUAUAGAAUUUUCAUUUUGUUAAUCCAAUUAUUUAACAAU